ACCACCUCAGAGCUACACGGUAACAAAACCCUCUGGUGCUAAUUAACACCACAAAUUGAAUUAGAUUACUAAAGUUAAACGGUUUAACAUUUACAAAGGAGCAGUAAUGUCUUGGAACUGGGAGAGCCACGGACUACCGUUUUUACCUGGAUACACUUUUCGGGAUGUAACGAAGUCAGCCUUCCAACGUCCCCAGACUCUGGGCUAUAGAAAUGGCUACGCUCUUCCCCAUCGCCCCAUUGUGGGCGUUGGACAGGAUCCUCUUCUAUCAUUGCAGCUGAUCGAACAGCAGAUCAGUGAGUUGUCCUUGGACACACCAGAGAUUACUUAUGGCUCCUUUGACCGUGGUGUAGUCGAGGACUUCAUCCCAGCACAUGUGGCCCUCGACAAGAAGGUGUUGCGCUACUAUGCGUACUUUCAGGAAAAUAUCCAGUUCUCCCCCGCUGAGGAGCACCGCGUGCGGCCCGUGGUCAUUUACUACUACCUUGAGGAUGACAGCAUGUGCAUCAUUGAGCCCGUGGUGGUGAAUUCUGGGAUACCGCAGGGGACACGGAUCAAACGCCAGCGUCUGCCCAAGAAUGACCUCGGGGAGCAUUACCAGUGGAAAGACCUCAAUAUCGGCAUGGACCUGGAGGUGUACGGGGUCACGUACCACAUCGCACUGUGCGACACCUUUACAAAGGAAUUUCUGGAAAGUGAGGGCAUUGUUCUGAACGACCCGGAGCCGAUGCCUGUGGAUCCUUACGGCAAUCGUCCCAAAAUCCCUCAAACUUCCCACACGACACCCUCUGAAGCCGACCAGAAGCAUCAGUUUCUCACCAUGGAUCGUAAGGUGCUGCGGUUCUUUGCCCUGUGGGAUGAUUCUGACUCUAUGUUCGGGGAGGUCAGGCGCGUCACCAUCCAGUAUUUCCUGGCGGACGACACGGUGGAGAUCAGAGAGUUCCACGAACCCAACAGCAGCCGGGAUCCCUUCCCUAUCCUGAUGCGCAGACAGAAGCUGCCCAAGAAAAUGAAACCAAAGUCUAAGACCUUUCCCAGCUGUGUGCUGGAGGUUUCAACAGCAGAAGUAGAUGAGUAUUACUUCCCCAAAGACUUCCAGUUGGGUCAGACAAUGACGCUGCUGAGCCGCCGAUUUCUGCUGUACGACUGUGACGGCUUCACUAAAGAGUAUUACCAGAAGAACCACCCUGACAUGGAGACGAAACCCUCAGAGAUACAGAUAAAGACUGACCUGCCUCAGGAGAGGAAGAAGGACGUUCCUCCCUAUAAUGGCUUUGGAUCGCUUGAAGACUCUCUCCAGAAUUGUUUGUCUUUAAUUCCUGAGCGUCCCAAAAAGAAUCUGAUAAAGAUGCUGGAAAACAACCUCAAGGUGUUGCGCUUCAAAGCCAGGCUGGAGUCCCAGAAUCCCGAAGACGAGGGACGAAAUUUCAUACUGUCCUACUUCCUGUCCGAUGACAUGAUGAGUAUUUUUGAAAGGAACACUCGCAACUCCGGCAUCAUUGGUGGUCAGUUCCUGAAAAAGACGCGCGUUCCCAAGCCGGGCGCUACGGUGGACAAUCCUGAGUUCUACUCGCCUGCAGACUUUGCUAUUGGAGCCACUGUGGAGGUUUUCAGCCACCGAUUUGUGUUGACCGACGCUGACCACUAUGUGCUGACGUACCUGCAGUCCAUCGCGAGCCAGAUCCCUCGUCAGACGCUGGAUUCUCACAAGAAGCUGCAGGGUGUGGGGACGGCAAAUAACCAGCCAGCUGACCAAAUAGGUGAUGAUGUAACAGAGCCGUCUUCAUGAUAUCAGGGAAGGCUGGGUUGCCUCAAGAAUCCCCACAAAUCAAAUCCUUUCCUUUGCAGAAUGUUUCUUAAUAUAAUAAACAAACACUGGACCUGCUGCA